GGAGCAGAAAGAGUCUACGCUGAAAUAAGGAGACAGUACUGGAUUCUUAGAGGGCGUCAGGCCAUAAAGUACCAUCAGCUACACUGUCUGUCCUGUCAGCGAUGGAGAGCUCAGCCAAAGGUCCCACAGAUGGCAGAUUUGCCACCAGAACGCCUCUGAUUGCUCUGUCCACCUUUCCACUCAACUGCUUUGGCCCAUACCUGGUCAAAAUUGGGAGAAGAAAUGAGAAACGCUGGGGACUAAUCUUCAAAUGUCUUACAACUAAGGCAGUACACAUUGAGCUCCUCAAUUCAAUGGAUGUAGAUGCCUUCCUUCUUGCGCUCCGCCGGUUCAUAGCCAGAAGAGGUAAACCACACGAGAUCCGUUCGGAUUGUGGCACCAAUUUCCGGGGAGCUGACAGAGAAUUACGGGAAGCUUUCUCAAUUAUGGAGCCAGAACUCAAAGUUCAGCUUUCAGACUAUCAAAUUAGCUUCAUGUUCAAUCCACCUAGUGCUCCACACUUUGGCGGAAUAUGGGAGCGUGAAGUCCGUUCCAUAAAGAAUGCUCUCCAGGUGGCUCUCGGAACGCAAGCUGUCACAGAAGAUGUUCUGUCCACAGUCCUAGUGGAAGUAGAAGGGAUCCUCAAUUCGAAACCAUUAGGAUAUGCCUCAUCAGAUGUUGCUGACAUGGAUCCGAUUACUCCUAAUAUUCUCCUUAUGGGGCGGCGGGAUGCAUCGCUGCCUCAGGUGGCAUACGCUCCAGGAGACAUGGGGCGGCGGCGAUGGCGGCACUGUCAGAACAUGGUGGACCAGUUCUGGAUUCACUUCACUAGAAACUACUUGCCUACGCUCCAGACCCGACAGAAGUGGCAUAAGGCUUCAAAGAACCUGGAAGUUGACUCUGUCGUACUGAUUGUGGAUCCGCAGCUCCCAAGAGCUCAGUGGCCCAUAGGCAGAGUUCGAAAGACAUUGCCCAGUAGUGAUGGAUGUGUGCGGACUGCUGAAAUCGUCGUUAAUGGUAAAGUUUACACCAGACCAGUUGCCCGCCUGAUAGAGUUACCUGCUUUAGAAGGUAAUACCAAAGACAUUUAGAGAAUUCCCUUUAUUACCCAUUUGCUGCUCAAAUGUGGGGGCGGCUGUUGUGAAUUCUUUCCUUUUUAAGUUUAAGAGUUGCGAUCUGCGUUAUGUUUCAGUAAUGACUUGCGUAAAUAACGUAGUGCAGGAUUCAUAGUAUGUACGGUUGUAACGUGACCGGUUAUUCACUGUUGCUUCAGCACGGCAGACCCGCCGCGCGCUCUCACUCAGGUGCAGUGUUUAUGUGCAAGAGAAAGUGCGUGAUGAAAAACUACCUCAAAUACACUAACAUGUGUGUUAGGUCACAUCUUGUGCAAUAAAUCAUCAAAUAAAUAUGAUGACUCCGACUCCUUGACAAGAGUUCUGCAGCGGUCAAUAAAUAUUAACCAGCAUUCAGUGGGGCAAUCC